ACUGAAUGCAAGGAGAGUAAGCCGAUCUCUUUGGACACUAGUUUGGGGAAGAGGAUUUUAGCAAGUUCGAGCAUCUGCUUGAAGAAUUCGGCGUUGACCCCAGGGGACGUCUUUGACGGAUCCGUAACAUCUUUACGCGAUAUGACCGGACAUGUAGCACCGUUUUCAGUCGGUUUAUUUUUGCAAACUUGCCUGUAGAUGAUAGGGUACAAUGUUUUGACAGCGUAGGCAGCAGCCACCACACACACGGCUCGCUUGGCUAUCCUGUGGUUCCAUUUCGCCUUGGACGCCGCAUCCAGGAUGGUCGACAUUUUCAAGACGUCAGGCUAUCCCCGCCAACACCUAUCCCCUAAACCGUCGACAUGAGAAGAGAGAACGGACCUUGGAGGGCCAUGUUGAUGUGUAACGGUCCUACAUCCUGCUUCUCUCUGAAGCUUUUAAGGCGGCCGUUAGGGGGAAAAGUUGUACUUCCGAGUUUGAAUUUCAAAUUAAAACAUUUAUUUGCCGGAUUGAACGGUAUCAUUUGAUGGAUGCUUUUAGUUUGUUAGUACGUCUACUUGAUUUUGUACAACAGCUUCCGCCACUCAUUUCCGCCUUUUUCUAUUGGUUACGACCGGGUAUUUCAGCAUUUGCUUGGUCGAAGAUUCUAUCUGUGUUGGUUGGUUUACUAUCUUCUAAAAUGAACUGGGUUGGCGGGUCAAGGAGCCGUCUUAUCUUGAAGAAUGAUACAAAAAAGCAGCGAGAGUUCUUUCAAAAGAGGAAAAUGCAAGAUAAACUUAAAAACAUGGCGGCUGUAACGUCAUCCUCCUCUAAAGGCAUUCCUUUUGGAAGUAUGGAUCUGCUCACACUGUUUGUUGUCAACCAGAUUGCUGCCAAAAAGGAACUUAAAGAUCCUCCUUCAGUGUCUGUGCUGAGCUCCAAAGGAAGAGGGAAGAAGAGGGGAAUCGAACCGUUGGUGCUCCCGAUGAGCCCCUGCUCUCCAUCACAGCUGAGUCUGGUUGACAGCCAACCUCAAUACAGCAUUCAAGGAGCAAGGGCAAAACAGAUUAUCCCGCAAGCGUUCAAGACUCGGCAAUUUUCACCUGUUCUGGAGACAACCUAUUCAGACAACAGCGUGUCAGACUACCUGAUGCCAACAGUGGAUCCCCUCAGCCCCUUCUCAACCUCCUCCUCCUCCUCAGGCCAAGGGAGGUUCUACCAGCAGUUGCAAGCACAGCCACAUUCUCAGUGGCCGCCUUCACCUUGGGACACAUCGGGUCUGGAUCAGAACACGUUUCAGCCUUACUGUGAGCCCAGACCAAUGACAUGGUCAUCUGGUUCUUACCUGGCCACAUCCCCUCCUUCACAAUUAUUCAAACACGCAAGACAUGAAGUCACCUCUCUGCAGCCAAAACAGGAACCCAUGAUGGACUUCACUCUGAACCAGAUGAGAGGCGAGCAGCCCUUUGAAGAGGACGUCUUCAUGGGCUUCACCAAUGAAGACUUAAGCGUGUGUGAUUUUGGGAGAGAACAAACUAAGAUCUACCUUAAAGAUGAACCAGGAGACAGAGCUUUAACACCACAAACUGUCCCGGAGCCGCAGGUCAUUGGCGUGCAGCAGCCGCCAAGCUGCAGCAGCAUGAACUUUUCGUGCCCCGACUACCCAAUGAAUGGUCAUUCACCGAUUUCCUCGUGUAGACGGGGUUGCCGGAGUCCAGAUUCCAUUGAUAGUGAAGAACGCCAUCAGCCAUUGGAUGGAGGCUGUUGUGCAGACACUACUCCCCGCAGAAAUCAACAGCAGAGCUGGCAUUGUCGGGAAAUGUGCACAUGCAAGAAAACAUGCAGGGAAAUGCGAGAAGCACAAACCCAAACCUCCCCUGAGAUGUGCGACGCCGCCACUCAGUGCGAGCCCACUUUGGGUGUACGCCUUUCAACUGAUGCGUCACCACAGCAGGCCUCCAGCAGAGGGCGCACAGGCUGCACAGACUUUCCAACAGCUGGCAAGAAGAGCUCCACCACAAACAGAAGGGUGCAGCAACAUGAGGUCAAAGGGCAACAAGAACCCUCAUGUGAUGCCAUCUUGGAGCAGGCAUCCACCACCAAAAGACCCCCAGAAGAGGCUGAAACACGUGAGGAAAUAGCAGACAUUUUGCUCCUGCUCAAACAAAGAUAGGAGUGAUGAGGACAUACCUGUUCCGUGUGUGUUGUCUUAAUUGAAUGACCUCCUGUUGUCAUAGCAACACUGUCAAAUAAAACCCCCAA